ACUUAUUCAUUUCUCCCAGGGAGCCCUGCCAGCAGCAGCUCUUUUCUCUCUACUACUUCAAACUCCUCUCUGCAACCGUUGCUUGUAAAGACUUUUUUUUUUUUUCCUGUUUUGUUCUCUAAUAACCUCCUCUACCCCCUCCCUUUUUUUUUUUAAACAGGCAGAGAGGUCAGUUAAUAGAAACUCAUGUAUCCAUCUUUGCGCAAAUAGUUAUUGAUGGAAUAAAGUCUGCUGGAUUUUUUUUUUGUUUUGGUUGGGAGUUUUAUACGUUAUUAUCUGGUGUGGUCUGUGUUUUUUGGGCUGUUUUCAGGGGCAGAGUGUCGUUCUUGCGCUCAGCACUCUAUGCAGCGCCGGGAGCUGCUUAUCCCAAUAACCAAACGCGUGGCUCCUUUGUGUACAGCGGCAGCUGCUGCCGAUCUGGCUGCAUGGGCACCUCUUGUGCUUCAGCUCCUCACGGCAGGUUUUAUUUUUAAAUAAACACAAACCGAACAGCUAGCUCCUACCACAGAGACUCCUCUCUAGAUUUUUGUGCGAUUGUAAAUGCCGAGUAACUGGAAGAUCUGCCACCAGCCUUUACGCAAAUCGCACUCCGCUGGCAAACUUGCCUCCGUCUGCACCUGAGACUUCCAGAAAGGACAAGCAACUCAAGGCCGAUUCCUUUUAAGACAGGACAAAACUACAAGUUGACAAGACAAGACGUAAAGCAUGGAUGUAAGGUUUUACCCCGCCGCUGCUGGCAAUGCCCUGAGUGGGGAUCCUUCUAACCUGGACUUUUCCCAGUGUUUAGACUACUACAGCUACAAGUUUGGGAAUAAUAACUACAUGAAUAUGACUGAAGCCAAUAAUGCAUUUCUCACUGCAAAUGAGACAUUCCAUACUCCAAGUCUUGGGGAUGAAGAGUUUGAGAUUCCUCCAAUCACACCACCUCCUGAAACAGACCCUGCAUUAGCCAUGACUGAUGUUCUACUGCCAUUUCAAGUAAUGGGAGAAGCACUGGCUGCUCAAGGAAAUGAGUUUACACCCCAAUUUCCUCCUCAAAGUCUAGAUCUUCCUUCUAUCACUAUUUCUAGAAAUCUAAUGGAGCAGGAAGGUGCAUUUCACAAUAAUGGUUUAUCAUUGGACCAACGUCAGGCUCAGAUGUCCCAGUAUAGACAAGACCACUCAAUGAUUAUGAGGUCGCUGGUCCAUAUGACGGAUGUAGCAAGAGCAGGAAUAAUGACUCCUAGUCAACUGACCACAAUAAACCAGUCUCAACUCAGUGCCCAGCUGGGGCUCAAUAUUGGUAGCACUGCCAUUCCACACACUUCUCCUUCUCCUCCUGCAAGCAAGUCUGCUACUCCAUCUCCUUCAAGCUCUCUUAAUGAUGAAGAUGUUGAUGAGACUAACAGAACCAUUGGGGAAAAAAGAGCUGCCCCAGAUUCUGGCAAGAAACCCAAAACACCUAAGAAGAAGAAAAAGAAAGAUCCUAAUGAACCCCAGAAGCCAGUUUCUGCAUAUGCUCUCUUUUUUCGGGACACUCAAGCUGCAAUUAAAGGCCAAAAUCCCAAUGCCACCUUUGGGGAAGUUUCAAAAAUAGUGGCAUCCAUGUGGGAUGGCUUAGGAGAAGAGCAGAAACAGGUGUAUAAAAGGAAAACAGAAGCAGCCAAGAAGGAAUAUUUAAAAGCUCUUGCAGCCUAUCGAGCAAGUCUUGUAUCAAAGGCUGCAGCAGAAUCUGCUGAAGCUCAAACAAUCCGGUCUGUUCAGCAAACACUAGCAUCGACUAACCUGUCAUCCACUCUUCUUCUAAACACAUCACUUUCUCAGCAUGCUUCUGUGUCUGUGGCCUCUCAGAAUCUUCAGCAACCAAUUCCUAGGGCAAUUGCACCUAAACCUUUAACCAUGAGGCUACCAUCAAAUCAGAUGGUCACUUCAGUCACCAUUGCACCAAACAUGCCCUCUAACAUUGGAACGCCUUUGAUGAGUUCCAUGGGUGCUCCAAUGGUUGCCACCCCUCCUUCUUCUCAAGUGAGCCCAUCAUUGCAGAGUCAGCAGCAUCAGAUUCAGCAGUUGCAGCAGCAGCAGUUGCAUCAAAUGCAGCAGCAACAGAUUCACCAGCACCAGAUGCAUCAGCAGAUCCAACAGCAAAUGCAGCAGCAACAGUUUCAGCAUCAUAUGCAGCAGCAGCUCCAGCAACAACAACAGCAGCAACUCCAGCAGCAAAUGCAACAGCAGCUACAACAUAUACACUUACAACAUUUGCAGCAGCAGCAGCAGAUGCAACAUAUUCAACACCAGUCUCAGCUGUCUCCACAGCAGCAGUCACCUGCUGGCUCCCAAUCUGGUGUACCUGCCCAGAUAGCAUCUCCGAUUCCACAUAUUAACAGCCCAUCUCCAGCAUCUCAACACCAUCAACAACUGACACAAUCACAGGCACAGACUCAAUUGUUAUCCCAAGUCAGUAUUUUCUAAUACUUCAGUUAGUUUCACAUAGUUUCUUCCUCUCUUUAUGGGAAGGUGCAUACAUUGUAAAUUAUUUAUGUAGGUUAUGCUUGACUGCAUACUUGACCAAGUGAUUUUCAUAACUGUCUAUUAGAUAGGCAAUAAAAAAUCUAAUGUAACUGUAAAUUAUAUUUUAGCAUCCUAUGAAGCAGCUUUCUUCAAAGUAAAUAAAUCUGCAGUUGUUUUUCAUGUGAUGCCUUUUUUAAGUUAUUGAAGAUUUUCCUACAAUAUGUGAAUUGUGUGGUCUAAAAAAAAAACAAACUACCAGGAAAAUGCUGUAGAUUGCAAAACUUCUAUGCUGGACCCCACUGUGCAUUUUCAUGAUGGACUGUAAUGCAUUGUAAGCAUUUGAGAGAAAGACUUCAAACAUGCAUUUGUAACUACCUGUAAUGUGAUAAUGUCACAAUCAUGCAAGUGCAUUUGUAGAACAUAUGUAGUCAAUGGCAUUUUUGUCAUAUAAUAUAAUGUAAAUCACAGAUGUUUGCCAAAGUUCAUAUUUUGUCUAACUUUUUUUUGUGUAUGCUGAACAAAAUGAAACGACUAAUUCGCAACCAAAAUUAAAUUUUCAAGUACGCUGUAAAAGUAUAUUGAUUUUGUGGCCCACCGUAUACAUUCUAAUUAAAAAACAAAUGGUAAUAUGAUGUGCAUAAGUGACAGUUUUCUUAUUAAAACAAUGUAUUUUUAGAAGGUGAAAGGCACUUGAUGAUGGUUAUUUUAAGAGCUAAACUAAUGCUACACAUACUGUACUACAGUACAGAUAUUUAAAAAGGGUACCCUAAGUAAGGUGUAUAUAUUUUCUUUCUGAAGUGUAAGUUAAAAUAAUAUGUUGUAAAAUGUUUUCAUAAACAAGGCUUUAAUGUAACACUGGUUACACAACCAUUAAUUGCUACAUCGCUUAUUGUGUUUUUAUGCUGUUUUAUACUUUUUUAUGAGUUCUGAUAGCAGCAGUUAAGUUCUUUGUAUUUUCGCUUAACUGAAAAAUGCUUUUAUCUUGCCAUAGAAUAAAAAUGUUUCAUUAA